ACUACUUGGUGUCCUCUCCUCAAUUGCAGUCUUCAUGGCACUGGUUGCAGUUUUUUAUCUUUACCUCAACAACAAGCUGUCAGUGAAGAGCUCCAGUGAUCUGCCACACCUCAGUGACUAUAACAAGAACCAGCCAGUGCUUCUGAGGAGCUAAUCUAAGGAUCAGCGUGCUGACGGAGGCCCAGCUGAGAGAUGGCCUUCUUCAAGAGCUUCCAACAGAACCUCCCAUCUGUCAACAUAUCCACCAUCUUGGACUCAGUCAGUAGUCGUGUGGACGACCUGGCCACCGCGGUCAGUGAUGUCACGUACGCUGUGAGCGAUCAGUUGACUGAGCAGGUCACCACCAUCAUUAACAAGGUUCAAGAGGAUGAAGAUAGAGAAAACACCAGUGGGCCAGAGUGUAGUCAGACUUCUACAGCCAAGGAAGAGAAGGCGAACAAUAAAAGCAUUUGGCAAAGGACUCGAGACUCUGAGCCGAGCAGCGCGGGCCACGGAGCAAAGAACACUGCAGAGACAGAGCAGGUGCCGAGCCAGUUGGAGUGGGAAUGGAGGGAUGGAUGCUGGCGAGUCAAAAGGACAGAAGCUGAGUUAGCAGACGAAGAGAGGAAGAAGCAAGAGAAGGAGCUGCAAGAGAUGAGAGAGCAGAGGAAAAAAGAAAAGAGGCAGAAGCAGCUGGAGAAAGAAGCCAUGACACACAACACCAAAGACUUUCAAGAGAACAAAGAGGUGGAAGAUGAAGGUAACAGCAGAGGACUGGACAGAAAGGCCGGGGAUCAGUCCAGCACUCAGGGUGGUGAGCAUCCCCAGUCACCUGGACCAGACACUGAAAGCAAAUUAUCAAAAGAGAACAAGCACCAGGAUGGAGGAGACGAGGAGGAAGAAAGUCUAGAGAGAGAUGAGGGAGAUGCAGAGGAAUCUGAGCUUUACAGUUCUCCCUCAGCAACCAAAAAGAAAUGUUCACACAAGAAGAAGGGCAAAGAUGAAGAAGAAGGUUCAAAGCAAUCAGCAAAAACUUUAAAAAAAGAGAAAAAGAAGGAGAAAGGCAAGAAGAAAAAGAAAGCUAACCAAGAGGCAGUUUUGUCAGACAGUGAGGAGGAAACUGGUGCAGAGGUCGAGGCCCAGCAGAACGAAUCCUCUAUGUGGAGCAACAGAAGGUCCACUGAGCAUGGAGGCUACAGCAGUGAGGACGCCAGCGAACAUGCCAACAGCAUCCAGAGGCUAAAACAAGACUCCUCCCUCAGUGAGCUGCAGCCUCCUCCAUAUCACAGUGAGGCUACAGCCAUGGUCGGGUCUUCUUGCACGCGCUUAGAAUGCGGGGUUAAGAAGGGGCCAACCACACAACACUGUGACAGCCCUCAGUAUUCCAGUGAGGCCAGUGUCGACCAGGACACCGACAGCUACCUCAACAAAGCCUGUGAGGAGGACAUUCCUAGCGACAGCACAGCUGUGGUGGGACCAGAGGAUGGCACUGGGCCUCAUCUCCCCACAGCCUAUGAGCCAGAGCCAUUUGCCAAAUAUGGCACACUGGAUGUCGCCUUUGAGUAUGACUCUAGUGAGCAGUGGUUGGCCGUCACGGUUACUGCAGCAACAGACAUCCCAGCUCUCAAACAGACGGGCAACAUCUCGUGGCAGGUCCAUCUGGUCCUUCUGCCCACUAAGAAGCAACGAGCAAAGACCGGCGUACAGAAGGGUCCAUGUCCCGUGUUCACAGAAACAUUCAAGUUUUCCAGGGUGGAGCAGGAGGCCCUAGGAGACUACGCAGUUCGCUUCCGCCUUUACAGCAUCCGACGAAUGAAAAAAGAGAAGGUCCUUGGAGAGAAGGUGUUCUACCUGACCAAGCUGAACCUGCAGGGCAAGGUUGCUCUACCUGUCACACUGGAUCAGGGUUCUGAAAUUACAGGUUGUGGCUCUUUGGUCAGCGUGUCCCGCAGUGGAGGAGCUCUGUCCUACAGGUCUGCCAGUGACCCGUCCACUCCAGAGAUCCUCCUUGGCCUCAUUUACAACGCUGCCACCGGUCAGCUCUCAGCUGAGGUUGUCCAGGGAAGCCACUUCAAAACCACCGCGUCUGAUAAACCCAUCAACGGUCUGUUUUGUUGCGUAAAACACUUCAUAGGUGGACAGCUCUAUAUCAUGAGAGAUACCUAUGUGAAGUUAACCAUGAUGGACGCCAAGGGGAAGGAGAUGUCCAAGUGUAAGACAGCUGUCUGCCGCGGGCAGCCCAACCCCACCUACAAGGAGACGUUUGUGUUCCAGGUGGCGCUGUUCCAGCUGUCGGAGGUGUCUCUGGUGGUUUCAGUUUUCUGCCGCCGGAGCAGCAUGAGGCCCAGGGAGAGACUGGGCUGGGUCUCCCUGGGCCUGAACAGCACCAGCGAGGAGCAGCAGGCCCACUGGUCAGAGAUGAAGGAGGCAGAGGGCCAGCAGGUCUGCCACUGGCACACGCUCACCGACACGUAGACCGAGCCAACCUCCAGCGGCGACAUCACACUGGAGUUCUUUGGAACAGCUUAAAGGGACCAAGAACUGAGUGAGAUUUGUGUGUAGUGUUCGUGGACCUUUUUUAUUUACUCACACAUGCUGCAUGAACACUUUUGUCCUUCAGAGCAAAACAGCCGUUGGGCAUCAAAAAUUUGGCCUCAACAUUUUUGCUGUUGGACCAAAUCUGACUGACUUCCAGCAACAGCAUCUGCAUGCACAACUGUUUACAGGAGUCUGUUAAGAUGACCCCCCCGACUCUAAAUCUGUGACCAAAGAGCUGGAUCCUGGACUAGCAGACUCCUCCCCAUUUCUCCUGGGCUUCAGCUGCCACCAGCAUACCAGGCAUUUCUCUCUCAGCCAUCGACAAGAGAAUGCAAAGAACUGACUCACUAAGGGCCUAAAAUGCUGCAGCUUGUCUACAAGCUAUGUACAGUUUACACACUCAUAUUAUGCAAUAUUCUAUUUUUUUCCCUUCCAGACUAUCAGUAAAUGUUUUCUGGUUGUUUUCUGUGCCGUACAUAUUACACAAGAUAGUCAUAACGCAGCUGGCGCCACUUUAAGAAGAAAGAUUGUUUUGUGCUCAUUGAAUGUUUUUAGAUUCUUGCAGAAUUGGACAGUUUCCCUUUUCGUGCAGAGCUUGUUUCACCGCUCAGUCUUCUGACAGCUCAGCCAUGUCCAUUCAUGUAGAAACACGGCGCUGCUCACUUACAAGGAAUAUGCAAAAGCCUGUGCAGUCCAAUAAACCCAGCUGUUUCUCUGAGGCAUGGACCGCUUCAGCAAAAAAAAACAUUAUCCAAGAUGCAUUAAAGACUCAAAAGCAUUUCCUAGAAAUAAAAAUUCCAUUCCAUCUGUUUCCCUCAUCCGCAAGAAAAGAAAAAAAAAAAAUCUGAAAAUUCUCCCUGUCACACAGAUUACACAGCCUCCACCCUUUGCUUUUGUCGCAACUGACGGUUCAGGCUGCUGCGAAAGCUGCCAUGCUUCGCCUGCUCUGUGUGCGAUGACGCCACAUUUCUGAAAAAUCAGCUCUUUAAAGCCAGUUUUUACAGGAUGUGAUGAUGAAGUCACACAUUUGGUUUGUAUUUUAAAAUAAGUGAAGUACAAGAAACAAGUCAUAAAGCUCUGAACAUAGAGUUUUUAUUUCCAUUCAUCCGGGCUCAAACUGUACGCUGUCAUCAGUCAACAUUCUGGUACAGCACUAGCAGCUCUACAGGCAGCUGGAGCGCCAUCACCAAUUAGUUUUACAUCUUUACACCAAGCACCACCGCUGCAGCCUUCCAGGGAAUUUUGCAGUUUGGAGCCACGGAAAACCAGCUGUGCCACACUUUCUGGAGGGGAAAUUAAAAGAUGUGAGGAACGAGAGCUCUUAGCCGAAGACUCGGUAGGUGUCCUGAGGACACGUUUUGUCAAUGACGAGCAAGUAAAAAUUUUUUUUUUUUUUUACCAAUUCAACAGUGAAAUAAAAACCAAAAAAAAAAAAAAAAAAAAAACUAGCACACUAAGACGUGCUCGUGUCUCACUUGCAGCAAGAAUGGAUUUGGUCAAAUGACCAUUUAGUAAAAGGUUUGCUUUAUGAUGUUCUGGUUAUCUGACGGCGUUUCCAACAAGCGAUUGUGUUUAGACCAAGUUUGCACCAAGCUGCUGCAGGGUAACAAUGUUUCCCCAUCGAGCAGUCAGCGGCACACACUGGUUUUUCGUGGCACUGCAGUGAAAUGUAUCAGAUUAUAAACUACAACAUCCAGAUCACUUUAAUGGACAUCAUUACUAGGUUAAAAA